GACCGACUCUCCUCAACUUCAUCUCCUAUACCGUGUUUGAAGUACAAAACCACGGCCUCUCUCACAAUGAAUCCCACACGCCUCCGCGUUCGCUUACCACAGCAUACGUCACUACAAAUACACCCGCCAACACCUCGCCUCUCACAACGUCCAGCCCUCCGACAAUCACUCCCACCAACCUCCCAAAGACCGCAAUCGCACGCAUACAGCACCCGCACCGACUCUCUCCCGAAAAUCAUCCAACCGUCCUUCUGGGCCUCUCUCCUUCCCAAAUCCUUCCGCAUCCGAUCUUCACAAUCGUCCUCCGCCUCGGAGUCAAAAUCGCGAGAAUGGAACCCCGCUUCCUUCUACAUCAUUAUCUUCAUCCUGAUCGGGUCGCAAGCGAUUCGGAUGAUUGCGCUGAAGAACGAGUACACCGGGUACGUGCGCAGUACGGACGCGAAGAUCCGGCUGCUGAGGGAGGUUAUUGGGAAGGUACAGAGGGGGGAGGAGGUUGAUGUGAAGAAGUUGCUGGGAACGGGCGAGGAAAGGGUUGAGAGGGAGUGGGAUGAGGUCCUGAGAGAAAUCGAGCGCGAGGAUUCAUUGUGGCAUCAAAAGCAGAAGAAGGAUGAGGAAGACGCGGCUGAGAAGGCGAAGGCUGAUAGACGUGCGCAGUUGCAGGAACAGGCGGGUAAGGAUCCUGCUGUACCUGCGGUAGACGCGACGGACGAGUCAACGGCGAAGGAUAACCAAGCGAAACGGAAAGUCAGCUUCUUCUAGGCUUGACGUUGCCCCAACUUAAGCGUUGGCGUCUACACAAAUAAUCGGCUCGGCAUCGACUAUGCAGUCUGACUGGGCUGGGUUCAAUAUAGACGACUGGCUCUAGGCAUACGGCCUAUCUCGUUGGUAGACUACGCUUCGCAGAUACAGUAUGCUGCGACAGUAUUGAUUUGCGAAUGGUAUAUUUUCGCAUAUACUGUAACUAUAUUCACCCUUUCUACAUAUGUACAUUACUCAUCUAGACGAUACCACUGGGUCUGAAAC